CUUUUUUGUUCCUGUUUUCAUCAAAAAUAUCCCUAAUUUUCAUGUGAUUUCUGUUAAAAAUCGUACAAAUAUUUAAUUAAAAGUCUGUAGAAUAGCUGUAAAUUGAAAACUCACCGUAACUCACUCCAAAAAUGAGUAAACGAGGCAAAAUCUAUUCCGUCGCCUGCAAUGACUUUGUCACUUACGACGAAGUAAUGUUCCUUCCUGGCGAGUACUUGAACAUAAUUAUUGGUCCAAAUGGCACCGGCAAAUCCACACUUGUUUCGGCGAUUGUUUUGGGCAUGGGAGGUCGUCCUGAGAUUCUUUCACGUUCUUCAGCGUUGACCGACUGGAUCAAGCAUGGAUGCGACGAAGCCCUCAUUGAGAUCCACGUUUACAAAAAUGAGACAGAAACGACAUCCUUCCAACGACAAUUUAACCAAGAUGGCAUGGAUGAGUACAAAAUUGACGGCAAAAAGUACAGUCGCAAGCAGUUUUUGCUAAAAGUUAAGGAAUAUAACAUUCAAGUCGACAAUUUGUGUCAAUUCUUGCCACAAGAUCGCGUUCAGGAUUUUGCAAAAAUGAACGAACAGGAACUCCUGGCAAACACACAAAUCUCCGUUUGUACCGAAGAAGUGCAGCAACAGUAUCAGCAACUUGUGGAAUUGCGUCAAAAACAGCUUGAUGUCGAUAAGGAUGAAAAAACGCGUCAAAAGGAGGUUGAAGAUUUGCAGGCAAAAAACGAAAGUUUACGUCCCCAAAUCGAAAAUAUUCAAGCGCGCGGUGACUUGGUGAAAGACGUCGAAAUGCUAAAUCGUAAAAUCGCGUGGAUCGAAUACGAACAAUGCGACGUCAAAGUUGUCGAAUACACGAACGACUUGAAUCAGGCACAAACUAAACUCUCGGCAGCUGAGAAAAAAUUGGAACCUGUCAAAAAGGAAGCUGAUUCGAUCGUCAAAGAACGCAAAAAGAUGGAAAAUCUCAUAAAUUCCGAACGAGAUGCCAUUGCAAAGUUGAAAGAAACGAUCAGCAAGCAACAAGACCAACUGGCACGUCUCACAUCGGAAAUGCAAAAUGCCAAGGGAGAACUUCACGAUGCCGUUGUUCGUGCACGCGACAGAAAAAACGAAAUUGCUCAAGCAAGCACGAUUUUACUCGCCGUCAAACAAGAUCUCGCUAAUUUGCUGGAGCAACAAAUGUCGCAGGAAGACCGAGAAGCUCAAAUCUCGCAGCUGGAUCAACGAUUCAAAGAAAUUUCGCAGCAAAAACGCGAAUUAACCCAAAAACGAAGCAAUUUAAAAUUCGAAAUCGAUGCCUUGGAAAAUCAACGCAUGAACAUCACAAAUCGCGUACAAAACAUGGAAAAUGUCGAACGUCGCAAACUGGAAAAACUCAAAAACGGGUCGGAACAAGCGCAAUCUGCGUAUGCUGCGGCAAUGUGGCUCCGUGAGAAUCGUCAAAUGUUCAAAGGGCACAUUUAUGAUCCGAUUGUGCUGGAAUUGCGUCUCGAUAAACAAGAUGACGCCAAAUUUCUGGAAAAUACGGUGCAGUUGAGGGAUUUUUUCUCGUUCGGAUGCGAAAAUGCCGACGAUUUGGAGUUAUUUUUGCGUGAAAUGCGUGUCAAGCACAAAUUACAAGUCUCGGCGUAUCACGCUGACGGCGGAAAUCAUCUUUUGUACCACUCGACAUACCCGAUAAGUCAAAUGCAGCGUUUUGGAUUCCAAAAAUACUUGAUAGACACGAUAAAAGGACCAGCUCCCGUACUGAAUUUCCUCUGCAAGACGUAUCGCAUUCAAGAUGUCCCGAUUUGUGAUGAGUCCACGGGAAUGAAAAUUGGAAAUUUACCGAAAGAAAUUCGAGUUGUCUAUACUCCAACAAAACGUUUCCAAAUUACCAUUUCGAAGUAUUCGGGCAACGUUUCGUCAUCUGCCAGUGACGUUCGUUCACGAAAUAUCUUAGAUACGAGUGUCGAUCCCGGCAAAAUUGCCGAACAAAAGCAACAAUUAACCGAUUUGCAACACCAAAAGGACCAGAAAAGCAACGAAAUUGCUCGUAUCGAGGACAAACUUCGCCAAAUUGAAGACAAAGCUCAAGUUGUGAAUCAAGCGAAACGAACAAUCGAGGAUUCCGGCAAUGCUGUUCGUGUUGCUGCGGAAAAAGUCAAACGACAACAGCAAAAAUUCGACCAAUUACAACAACAAGUCAUCGAUAUCCCGGCGGAAAAGGAAAAAUUCAAGCAACGUGCCGAGCAAAUUGUCAACAAUAUUUUCCGGGUUCAUGAGGCGAUGAACAAUUCGUUGCGCGAAUAUGUCAAGCCUUGCAUCACCAUCGAAACGCAAAGUCACAAAUUGCAACUUUUUCGAAAUGUCAAUCAGGAAAUUGAGGAAAAGAUUCACAUGUUGCAAGAAGAGGUCACGCGAUCGAAACGUCUCAAGGAAACAAUUCAGCAACACGUCAACAACGCUCGCAACGAAAUGAAAGCCAAAGAAGCCAAAGCGAAGAAAUUAACGGACAACAAACAUCCAAAAGACAAAAAUUUCCCCUACAAAGCGGAUUUUGCCAAAUUACCAUCGGACCAUGACGAGCUCGUUCAAGCGAUGACACAACUCCAAGCUCGCAUCGACUGCAUGGGAGCCUUCGAUCAAAACAUCAUCGACGAAUAUGAGCAACGUCAAGAACAAAUCGACGCAAUUCUUCGCGAAAUUCGUGGCUCCACAAAUCGCAAAAACGAGUUGCAGCAACAAAUUGACGCCAUUCACGUUCAAUGGUAUGCCACAAUUUCCGGAGUCGUUCGCACGAUCAACGACAACUUUUCGCGUUUCAUGUCCCUGAUGAAUCUCGCUGGGGAAGUUGAGCUGUCGCGCGAAGGCGAACACGAUUACACGAAAUAUGGCAUCACAAUUCGCGUGAAAUAUCGGGCGCAAGAUCCGAUGGCGAAACUCGAUCGAACGUAUCAAAGCGGGGGAGAACGAGCUGUGGCAAUUGGUGUUUAUACGCUCUCGUUGCAACAAUUGAGUCAUGUGCCGUUUAGAUGUGUGGAUGAGAUUAACCAAGGAAUGGAUCCGAAAAAUGAAAGGAAGAUUUUUGAGAUGUUGGUGAAUGAAACAUGUCAAGUUGGGCAGUCGCAGUAUUUUUUUGUUACGCCGAAAUUGUUGCCGAAUUUGGCGUUUAAUGAGUUGAUGAAUGUUUUUAUCGUGGAAAAUGGGAAAUUUAUUGAUGAUCCGUAUCUUUUUGUGAAACAUCAAAUUGAAGGGUAGAUUUUCAAUUUUUGUGAUGAAUCUGAAAGUACUUUAGAAAUUAGUUAAAGAGAAUAAAUGUUAAAGAAAAUUUUCAAAA